AUGGCUCCCAACCAAGGCCUCGUCCACCCCAAAGAGUACGACAUCAAAGACUCCAACGUCGAGCUCAUCGGCAGCGACAUCGACCACCGCGUCAAGCACAAGUCGGCCGCUUCCGAGCCCGCGUGGAACGACGGCCGCGUCGGCACCAGUCCGGGCCUGCGCGUCUGGCGCAUCGAGGACUUCCAGGUAGUGCCCUGGCCGGAGAAGCGCUACGGCGAGUUCUACGACGGCGACAGCUACAUCGUCCUGCACUCGUAUAAAGUAGGCAGCAGCGACAGCGGCAAGCUCGGCCACGACAUCUUCUUCUGGCUCGGCGCGCACACGACCCAGGACGAGGCCGGCACCGCGGCGUACAAGACGGUCGAGCUGGACGAGUUCCUGCACGGGGCGGCGACGCAGCACCGCGAGGUGCAGAGCGCGCCGUCGGACGAGUUCCUGGCGCUGUUCCCGCGCGUGUCGAUUCGCAAGGGCGGCGUGCGCUCCGGGUUCCGCCACGUGGAGGAGGAGGCGCCAAAGGAGCCGAUCCGGACGCUGCUGCGCGUGUUCCGGCCCGGCACGGGGCCCAGUGUCGUGGUGCACGAGGUUCCUACCAGCUGGGAGAGCCUCGACGACGGGGACGUCUUCGUGCUGGACACGGGGGACAAGAUCUGGGUGUGGCAGGGGAAAGGGUGCAGCCCAAUGGAGAAGGCCAAGGCCGCGCAGGUUGUGCACGACAUGACGCUCGCCAAGCACGUCGACGUCGAGGUCGUGGCGCAGGCCGAGUCUCGCUCGCGCCGCGUCGUCGCCCUACUCGGCGGCACGGACGAGACGCCCAUGAGCGGGUUCAAGCAGUCGCGCCCCGUCGCCUCUGCCGGCGCCCGCUCCGCCUCCUCCGAGGCCAGCACCGCCCGGCCGAGAAGGCUGUUCCGCCUCAGCGACGCAUCAGGCCAGCUGUCGUUCGACCUUGUCAAAGACGGUGGCCGCAUCUCGGCGACGGACCUGGACGGCGACGACGUGUUCCUGUUUGACGACGCAGGCCGCGCGCUGUGGGUGUGGGAGGGCAGCGGCGCGAGCCGCGAGGAGAAGGCGAGGUGGCUGGCUGUUGCGCAGGCGUACAUCCGGCAUGUGCGCGACGAGGUGCAUGACGCGCACCUGGUGCCGCUGGCCAAGGUGUCGCAGGGGAGCGAGAGCCGGGCAUUUAUGAAGGCGAUUGAGGCGAACUAG